AUGUAUAAGUUUGAUAAAAAAAAGAAAGAUGAAGAAACUAAAGUGACACAUAAUCUAAAAAAGUUCGUAUUUAAAAAUGAAUUUAAAUAUGUUGACGCUACAAAUGCUUUAAAAAAUAUUUUCUUAAAAGACAAGAAAAAUGAGGAAUCUACGAAAAAAGUGAAACCACAAAAGAGAAUUGUUGUGAAUAAAAAGUUAGAGGAUUUCGUUAAGCAUAAAAAAAAAAAUAUAAAAGAAAAUAAUAAAAAGGAGAGUUUAAUGAAUAUUCCAAAUAAAGGUUGCAAAAAAGUUAUUGAAGAGAACAACCAAAUAAAUUAUAAAUAUGAUAUUAGGAAAAUGUCUGAAAAUUUUAAAGGAAGCAAGGUAUUAUACACUCCUGUAAACUUUGAUAAAAAGAUAACAGAAUCGAGAAAAGUAGAUAUGGCAAUUGUUAGGGGUAGGAAAAAGAAAAUAUAUUCCUCAUCAGAAGAGGAGGAAAUAGAAGAUGAGGAGGUCAAGGAAGAUAUAGAAGUAGCUGAAGAAGGGUUAGAAGAGGAAGUAGAAGUCGAAGAAGAAGUAGAAGAAGAAGUCGAAGAAGAAGUAGAAGAAGAAGUAGAAGAGGAAGUCGAAGAAGAAGUAGAAGAAGAAGUAGAAGAAGAGGUAGAAGACAAAGUAGAAGAAAAAGUCGAAGAAGAGGUGGAAGAUGAUAAUGAGGAAGAAUACGAAGAGUAUGAAGAAUAUGAAGAGUAUGAAGAAUAUGAAGAAUAUGAAGAAGUUGAUGAUAAUGAACAGGUUGAUGUUGAUAAAAAUGAUGUGAAAUAUUCAUGUAUGAUUGAGGAAAAAGUUCAAAAGGAAAAUAAUGAAAAUGAUAAGACGAAUAUGAGAAAGGAAAAAAAUAGUGAUUAUACCCUUAAAGAACAAGACGAUUAUGAUACAAAUGAGGAUGAAAAAGAGAGUAAGGAUAAAGAUAAAUACAAAUUGGAAGACAAUAAAAAUGUGCUAAAAAAUGACAUUUUUAACGCACAAACAAAUGAAAAUAGUAAUAAAAAUUCUGAAGGCAACGAUAUUUUUUCAUUAAAAAAUAUUAAUGAUUAUGAAACAAAAAAGGAAGUAGUACAUUCAAAAGGGGAUAAUCAACAAAAUUGUGAGAUAGAAAAUGCUUUUAUGAUUUUAAAGGAUAAAAUAAAAAUAAAAAAUAUGGAAUUCUUAAAACUCUUAAAUAAGAUCAUGGAAGGAUUAUUAGAACAUGAACACUUUUAUAAAAGUAUUAAACAAUUUUUGAAGAAAUAUUAUGUGUAUAAUGAUAUAUAUAUUGAUGAAGAAUUUUUUCAUGAUUUUGUAUCAGAAGAGGAGGAUAAUAAUUAUGAAAUUCCAUAUAAAAAAAAAACGUUAACAGAUAUUAAUAUUAUUGAAAAAAUAAAAGAUAAUAAUACGGAUAAUAUACCUGAAGGGUUAAAUAGUCAAGAGAAUGACACAUACAAACCAAUAGAAGAUCAGGAUAUUAAGAAAUAUAAAGAUUAUUAUAAUAAUAAUAAAGAUAAUAAUAAGAAUGAGCAUAAAGAAAUCGAAUUAAAGAAUAUACCACUAAAGGAAGAAAAUAUGAAGUAUGAAAAUGAAGAAAUUUUAAGUGUUGAAAAUAUGGACAAAAUAAUACAGAAAGAUGAACAGGAACAGAGUGAGAAAGAAAAAGAAGAAGACAUAAAUAUUUAUGAAGGUGAUAGUAAUGAUGAUGAAGAGGAGGAGGAUAGUAGUAAGAAAGAUAUACGUUCAAGAGUUAAUGAAGAAAAAGAUCAGCAAAUUGACAAAGAGGAAAAAGAGAUUGAAAUAUAUGAUAAAUCAAAAAAUGAAAAUGAUAAAGAAUAUGACGAAAGUAAAAGUGAUCAUUACAGCAGUGAUAGUAGUGAAGGAUCAAGUAAUAAAGCUGAAAGUAAUGAUGAACAAAAUGAAAAUGAUAAAAAUAAAGAAAAGAAAGAUAAUAUUAAUAAUGAUAGUAUUAAAAGUAAAGAAGAUGAAAAGGAAAAUAUAAAAUCAAGUGAAGUAAAAAGUGAUGAAGAAAGUGAAGAUGAAAGUGAAGAAAAAAGUGAAGAUGAAAAUGAAGAAAAAAGUGAAGAUGAAAGUGAAGAAAAAAGUGAAGAAAAAAGCGAUGAAGAAAGUGAUGUCAAAAGUGAUGAUAAAAGUGCAAAUGGGAGCCUCAGCGAAAGUACAUGUUCAGAUGAAAAGAAAAACACCAUUGAUGACAAAAAUAAGAAUGAAAAUACAUCAGAAAGUGAGAGUGAUAACGAUAAUGAUGAUGAAAGUGAUAGUACAAGUGAUAAUGAUAAUGAAAGUAAAAAAAUAAUUCACGAUGAGUUUAAAGGUGAUCAAGAAGCGGAUAGUCAAAGUGAUAGCAAUAGUGAGAGUGAAAAUAAAGUCAAAAAUCAUUCUGAGAGCAUAAAUAAAAGUGACAGUCAAAGUGACGGAGAAACGUUAUCUAGAAAUGAUAAGAAAUCUGAAGGAACAAAUAAUAACAAUGGUAAAAACCAAAAUGAUAUUCAAAGUGAUAGUGAAAAUGAUGGCGAGAGUAGCAGUCAAAGUGAUAGUCCAAGUAACAGCCAAAGUAACAGCCAAAGUGACAGCCAAAGUGAAAGCCAAAGUGAAAGCCAAAGUGAAAGCCAAAGUGAUAGCCAAAGUGAAAGCCAAAGUGAUAGCCAAAGUGGUAAAGACGAUUAG